AUGCCAAACAUCAAAAUAGAGCUGUCAUAAUAGAUGCAAAAGAAAUUGAUGCCUAGGAGUAAUAUGCAGCCAUUGAAUUAAGGGAGAACUUCUCCUAUAUCAUCUUAAAUACAGUACAGGCCUUAGACAUAGUUAUCACCAACAAGAAAGCUUGAUUAUCAAGAUUAGAGGCAAGGAGCAAAUUAAACAAGAUUUUUAAAUAAUUCAUCAAAUCCCAACGAUGAAAAUAGAAGAAAAUAAAGCUAUAUUCCUCCAAGUGCUGCUAUGAAAACUCUAUAAGAGAAUAAGACCAAACUGAACAUAUUUCCUUAAACAGACGAUUCAAUAAAAUUUAGAAAAUCAUAAAGCCCAGCAUCUACAAGAAAUGUCUAGGAAAUUAAUCGCUUGAAAUAAUUAGACUUAAUUAGAAAUGAUAUUGAAAAAGGAUUUCAGCAAAAAUGUGAGGAACAAAAGAGGAAUCGUAGUAAUGUCUUUGAAGAGGAGACUAGCGAUCAAUUUGAGAAAAGAUAUUUUGACUCAAGUCCUUAUAGGAUGCAGCAUUAAGCAAGAAAUUAGUAAAAUUCUACUAUUUAAUUAGGAAGCUCUCCAAGUGCAAAUCCUGAGAUAUCAUAAAGUUCAAGUUCAAGAGCAAGGAAGAAUUUUUCAAGCCAAAUGAAUGAUUUACUUAAAACUGAUUAUAAUUCAUAAGUAGAGAGAAGAGUUGUUGGAACAUUUUUCAGUAGUCCUAGAGGGGGUUCACCGCCAUAGAGAGGCAAAAAUUACUCUUAAUUACCAAACUAAAAUAUGAGUGAUCCAGUAGAAGUGCUUCUGAACAGUCCUAGAAGUGUGAAGGCUAUGCACCAGCUAGGCUACAAAAAAGAGGAUCUGCAGUUUAUAUCUAAGGAUGAAUUAAAGGCAAAGAUAGGUAAUAUGAAAAUAUCCAAGCAAGACUUAGAUAACAAGUGGAGUGAUCAUGAAACUAAGAGGAAAGAUAGAAUUUAAUAAGUCCUCGAGGAAAGGAAAAAAAUGGUAAAAGAGACAAGAGGUAGAUAGGGAAGAGACUCAUUAAGUCAUGAUAACUCAUUUUAUAUGCGUUCAUCGAAGCACUCAUAAAGUGUCGCAUUUUUACCCUCAAUUUCCAAGCACGAGUUAGUUGCUCAGAAAUAAAGAAAGGAAUUCGAAAUGUCAAGGAUAAUGAAAAAAGAGAUCGAUGAAAUGUCAAUUAAAAAAGAAACGGAAAAAAAGUAUGAGUAACUGCUGAAACGAGAGAGAGAACAACUGUCUCUUAAAUCAAUGAAUAAAGUCAAGAAAAAUGAGGAGAUGCGUAAGCUUCAUGAGCGUAUUGAGUUUGAGAGAUAAUAUAAGUCAGAAUUGGAUACUAUUCAAGAAAAGCACGAAAAAGUGGAAUUCGAGUAACAUCUUAUACAAAAACGUUAUGAAGAGAUGGAAAAGAGAAGGGAAUAGGAGAGGAAGAGGGAAUUUGAAAUCAAGGUCAAGGAAUAGCAAUUCAAAAUGAAAACUCAAUAGAUCUUGGAAGAGUAAGAGGAUAAAAUAGAGAAAAAGCGUGAGUCACUUGAAAGAUUUUUAGUGGAAAAGGAUGAACAUAUCAAAGUGCAAGAGAUUAAUAAAGAAUCUGAAAUUAUAAAGAGAAAAGAGGAUAAGAUAAGAGGUAUCUAUAGAACUCUUGAGAAGAAUACCUACAUAAAGGAGAAAAGAAAGCAGGACUGGCUGGAUAAAGCAUUAGACUAUGAGGAUAAGCUUUAAAAGCGAGAAUAUGAUUAGUUCAUGGAGCAUUAGAAGCGUCUUGAUGAAAUAAAGAAGCAAAACUACUACAGAGAAACAGUCAAAAAGAGAAAUAACGAUAUGCUAGAUGAAAAGAAGAGCAAGACACUCUGGAAACUAGAAAAACUUGAUCUCAGAGGAAGUAUGCAACAAAAAGAGCAAAGAGGGGACAAAGGGGGAAGAGUUUCUGUAAAUAGUGAAGGAGAAAGAGGAAAUAGAUACAGUUAUUGA